UUGAGAGAUACAAACAAACCCAAGUACCCAAGCCAUAACUGAACUGGGAAGUAGGCAUAUAAUUUUUGUCGAUACACUUAAAAUAAUAAAUAACUCCCUUCUAUAAACAUGAAUGCACCUCCAACAUUUGAAUCAUUUCUGUUAUUUGAAGGAGAAAAAAAAAUUAUAAAAGAACUCGACACCAAAGUACCCAACGCUGCAAUUUUUACUGUCAACAAAGAGGAUCACACCCUGGGGAAUAUGAUCAGAAAUCAGCUGUUGAAGGACCCCAACGUCCUGUUUGCCGGCUACAAACUACCUCACCCUCUGGAACACAAGUUUGUGCUGAGAAUUCAGACCACUUCGGACUACACUCCACAAGAGGCCAUGAUGAACGCCAUCACUGACCUCAUCGCUGAAAUAUCCUUGUUCGAAGAGAGAUUCAAGGAAGCAAUUAAGGAGAAAAAGGAAGGACUCGACUAAUUCUUGCGGUUCACCCAGAAUCUGUUUGUAUUCCAUAAAUGUUUAAUGUAAAUAGAUAAGUUAUUCAUGAACGUUUGCUUUUAAUAAAUGAUUUUUUUCAGUACAA